AUGGCAUCAAGAAGUGAGCCAUUCCCUGCGCGCAGUGAUGAUGAUCUGGGAGUUGCCGAUGACUUUUUCACCUUCGUUACAGACACCAGGAGGAUGCUGGAAGGAACCAGCAUUGAUAGCCCGGUAAAGAAACGGGCCAAAACGAUCUCGAGCCACGAAGUUGAUCUCACUCUCAACCACGUAGCCGCUUUCCUCGAAGACACUCGCCGGACAGGGAAACUUUACGUCUGGUACAAAGCGCACCAAAAACUCUACGACUACCUUCAAGCACGCCGCGCUAAAAUGCCUGCGCACUCCUCCAUCGACAACAAAGUCGACACCCCAGGCCAUGAAGUGACCAAACACAACGACUUGGAUAUCUCAGAGAACGGCGAUACUCACCAAAGUCACUUCGAAGUGCUACUGGGCCGUCUCGAAACUGCUUUGGAGAAACUUUACCGCGAAACUCAUGACAAGAACCAACAAAACGUGGCGGAAGCUCCUACCUCUAGGACAACAACGGACUCCCCUUUUUCUAAUCUUCCAGAUCCCCGCGUCCGCACAAUCCCCGCUCCGCCUCCCACCGAGUCCUCGCUCAGGAACAAGACCAUCGAGAACAGCUCGGCACUCAACGGGAGCGAAGCAGAACCUCCUCGUCGGAGAAAGGCCAGAGGCUACGUCCCGGCGCGCCGAUCACGUGGAACUGCCAAGGGCGGUUUCAUCAGCUGCACACCUGUACCUUUGACUUCCACCAGCAAGAAUACUACAUCAGAACCAAAGCCGGAGCCAGAACCGUUGCCUCUUCCCUCACCAAAGUUCAUCAAUUGCAAACAGUCGAAUAUCCGACCCAAAGCUGUUCCGGGAACCAAGGCUGAGCGGCUUGCGGAGUACAUGAAGUACUGGAAGAGGGCGGGAGGGCUUGAUGAGGAAGAGGAGAGUCACGAGAGAAGGGAGAAUUGA